UGCAAUGUCUUCAUUUUUAAUCAUAAUGGCUUGGGUAACUUCACACUUGUAAACCAUAGAGAAACACCAGCGGCAUAGUGGGAUUGCAUUCAAAUUCUGAGUCUGGCGUUCCUUGAUAAAUGAUAACCCUAAAAACCACAUUUGAAGACUAAAAAACGGUGACAAUGUUUCGAUCAUAAGCAUACAAUGCCAGUGCCAUCGACUGCCAAUCUCAAUCUCAAUCUCAGUCUUACAGAAUUAUGUAGAGAAGGUCUAUUGAAGGAGGCGCUACACAUUCUGCUUACAUUAUAUAAUGCCCCUACAAAUUUCUCCAUUUAUAUUCAACUAUUGCAGACCUGCAUUUCCAAGAAAGCCCUUUUAGAGGGUAAGCAAAUCCAUUCCCAUAUCAACGAGAGAAAUUUUGAGUUUGCGACAUGCAAACCUCUACAAAAUACUCUUAUACGCAUGUAUGACAAGUGCGGAAGUUUAGUUGAUGCUCGCCAAGUGUUUGACCAAAUGAAUGAACGAGACGGCUUCUCAUGGAAUAUUAUCAUUUCAGCGUACCAAAGGCAUGGAUAUCCCCACGAGGCAUUGACAAUGUUUCACCGAAUGCAACCAACAGGUGUUUGGCCUGAUCAGUUCACGUAUCCCAGCAUACUCAAAGUUUGUGCCGAAAUAAGAGAUUUGGAACAGGGUAUGGAUUUCCAUCAAAGCAUAUUAGAAAGAGGAUUUUUGUCAGAUGAUGUAGUUGCAAAUGCCCUGGUAGAUAUGUAUGCAAAAUGUGGAAACAUAUACAAGGCGCGUGAAGUUUUUGAAAAAAUAGCUCAAAAAAAUGUGGUUUCAUGGACUGCAAUGAUUUCUGGAUAUGUACAAAAUGGGUUUUGUGAUAAGGCACUGGAAACUUUUAAGCAAAUGCAAUCGGCAGGAGUAAAGCCAAACUCCAUGACCUUUGCUAGUGUUCUCCCAGCUUGUGGCAAAAUAGGAGCUUUCAAACAGGGCACGGACAUCCAUCAAAUCAUAAUGGAAAGGGGAUUUUUUUCUGAUGUUGUAGUGACAAAUGCUCUGAUACAUAUGUAUGCAAAAUGUGGAAGCAUACACAAGGCACGUCAUUUGUUUGAUAAAAUGUGUCAAAAAAAUGUGGUUUCGUGGACUGCAAUGAUUGCAGGAUAUGCACAAAAUGGUGUCCUUGAUGAGGCCUUAAGGCUUUUCAAAGAAAUGCCUAAAAGAAAUGUGAUCUCAUGGAACGCUAUGAUUGCAGGAUAUGCACAUAAUGGGAUUGUUGCAAAGGCCAUGGAAAUUUUUAAGGACAUGCAAUUAGCAGGUGUAAAGCCAAACUCCACGACUUUUGCCAGCAUCCUCCCAGCCUGUGCUAAGAUGGGAGUGUUAGGACAAGGAUAUACACAAAAUGGGUUUGUUGAGAUAGCCUUGGAAGCUUUUAAGCAAAUGCUAUUAGCAGGUGUAAAACCAGCCUCCACAACCUUCACCAGCAUCCUCUCGGCCUGUGCCAAAAUGGGAGCUUUAGGGCAGGGUGCGGUUAUUCAUAAAAGCAUAAUAGAGGAGGGAAUUUCGUCAGAAGUUGAGAUUGCAAAUGCCCUGGUAGAUAUGUAUUGCAAAUGUGGAAGCAUAUAUAGGGCACGCGGACUGUUUGACCAAAUACCUCAAAAAAAUGUUGUUUCGUGGACUGCAAUGAUCACAGGAUAUGCACAAAAUGGCUUUUCCAAGGAUGCUCUCAAACUCUUCGAACUGAUGAAACAGUCUAGAACAUAUCCUGACCAUGUAAGCUUUGCUUGUGUUUUAUUAGCAUGCAACCACGCAGGUUUAGUGGACGAGGGCUGUAAGUACUUUAAUUGCAUCACUGAUUCUUACUGUAUUACACCCACAAUCGAUCAUUAUGUGUGCAUGGUUGACCUUCUUGGCCGUGCUGGCUAUCUUGAAGCAACUCUAAACUUUAUCAUCAAAAUGCCAAUUAAACCUGUGGCAGUUGUGUGGACAUGUUUGCUUCGUGUUUGUAGAGCACAUAAGAAUAUAUCGUUAGGAGUAUUUACUGCAACUCUUCUCUUUGAGUUGGAUUCUAAAAAUCCUGCAACUUAUGUUCUUCUGUCAAACAUCUAUGCAGAAGUGGGCAAGUGGGGUGAGGUUCAAAAGGUGAGGAGAUUGAUGAAAGAUAAAGGAAUUAAAAAGAUACCUGGUUGUAGUUGGAUUGAAAGCCAUUAAAUGGUACAUGUUUUGUGUAUGAGACAGAUUAAAACCAAACACAGGAGAUCUAUGCAACAUUGAACAAUUGUUUUGGCAGAUGAACGGAGAAAGGAAUUUUUCCAGAUUUAAGAUACACCGAAUGAUGUGGAGGAAAAAAAAUUUAACAUAUUGAGAAGUUUGCAAUUGCAAUUGGAUUGUUAAACACGCCCUGGAACAAUUUGAACCCAUAAGUGAUCGUUAACUACCACAUUGCAACCAAGUUCAUCUCCAAGAUCGCUGCAAGAUAUGUGAACCAGUUCCAUCAUUGGAAACAAGAACAAUGUUUUUGCAGAGAUUGUUUGGUGAUUUCAAGUGAAGCAGAUCUGUAAACAUAAGACUUGCACCAUAGGCACACUGUGUCAGACCUGCAAAGGGACAGGUUCUAUUUCCAGUUUCUCAAAAGUAUGUUUUUUCCAAGUGUUUGUAGAGCCCGUGCUGUUGAAUUGAUGAAUCAGGCAUAUAUCAUGCCAUGUCAAGUGAACCAAAUCUGUAUACACCAUAACAACGCAUCGAGUCAGAUCUGCAGGAUAAGAAAGGACCAGGAUUUAAUUCCAAACUCUAGAAAGUGUUUUCUUUUCUUAAAUUUUUGGAUAGCUCAUGCCGUUGAAUGAUUUAAAUAAGAUGUAUACCAUGCCAUAUGCAUUGCUGCCUAUAUAUACUGAUGAAGUAUGCCCAUUUGUUAAUACUCAGUUUUAUGAUGUGAUAUCCCUGGGAUUAUUUUUCCAAUCCUUCUACUAAAUCCUCACAAAAAGUAUGUUAUCUACCUCUAAAUGCACCUCCAAAU